AUGAGCUGUCGGGAUCAGAAUCAAGCGAAGACCUAUCGGAACAUGUUGACGACGAAAUGCGGGGACCUAGUGGAACACAUGGACGACGAAGUGUCGGGAGCGGAGUCAGGCGAAUACCUAUCAAAACACGUUGACGGCGAAGUGCGGGGACUGGAGUCAAGCGAGGACCGAGUGGUACACAUGGACGACGAAGUGUCGGGACCGAAGUCAAGCGAUGACCUAGUGGAUCACAUUGACGACGAAGUGUCGGGACCGGAGUCAAACAAAUACCUAUCAGAACACGUUGACGGCGAAGUGCGGGGACCGGAGUCAAGCGAGGACCUAGUGGUACACAUGGACGACGAAGUGUCGGGACCGAAGUCAAGCGAUGACCUAGUGGAUCACAUUGACGACGAAGUGUCGGGAUCGGGGUCAAGCAAAUACCUAUCAGAACACGUUGACGGCGAAGUGCGGGGACUGGAGUCAAGCGAGGACCGAGUGGUACACAUGGACGACGAAGUGUCGCGACCGAAGUCAAGCGAUGACCUAGUGGAUCACAUGGACGACGAAGUGUCGGGACCGGAGUCAAGCAAAUACCUAUCAGAACACGUUGACGGCGAAGUGCGGGGACCGGAGUCAAGCGAGGACCUAGUGGUACACAUGGACGACGAAGUGUUGGGACCGGAGUCAAGCGAUGACCUAGUGGAACACAUUGACGACGAAGUGUCGGGAUCGGGGUCAAGCAAAUACCUAUCAGAACACGUUGACGGCGAAGUGCGGGGACUGGAGUCAAGCGAGGACCGAGUGGUACACAUGUACGACGAAGUGUCGGGACCGAAGUCAAGCGAUGACCUAGUGGAUCACAUGGACGACGAAGUGUCGGGAUCGGGGUCAAGCAAAUACCUAUCAGAACACGUUGACGGCGAAGUGCGGGGACUGGAGUCAAGCGAGGACCGAGUGGUACACAUGGACGACGAAGUGUCGGGACCGAAGUCAAGCGAUGACCUAGUGGAUCACAUUGACGACGAAGUGUCGGGAUCGGGGUCAAGCAAAUACCUAUCAGAACACGUUGACGGCGAAGUGCGGGGACCGGAGUCAAGCGAGGACCUAGUGGUACACAUGGACGACGAAGUGUCGGGACCGAAGUCAAGCGAUGACCUAGUGGAUCACAUUGACGACGAAGUGUCGGGACCGGAUUCAAGCAAAUACCUAUCAGAACACAUUGACGGCGAAGUGCGGGGACUGGAGUCAAGCGAGGACCGAGUGGUACACAUGGACGACGAAGUGUCGGGACCGAAGUCAAGCGAUGACCUAGUGGAUCACAUGGACGACGAAGUGUCGGGACCGGAGUCAAGCAAAUACCUAUCAGAACACGUUGACGGCGAAGUGCGGGGACUGGAGUCAAGCGAGGACCGAGUGGUACACAUGGACGACGAAGUGUUGGGACCGGAGUCAAGCGAUGACCUAGUGGAACACAUUGAGGACGAAGUGUCGGGAUCGGGGUCAAGCGAAGACCUAUCAGAACAUGUUGACGACGAAGUGCGGGGACCGGAGUCAAGCGAGGUCCUAGUGGUACACAUGGACGACGAAGUGUCGGGAUCAAAGUCAAGUGAAGACCUAUCGGAACAUGUUGACGACGAAGUGCGGGGUCCGGAGUCAAGCGAUGACCUAGUGGAACACAUUGACGACGAAGUGUCGGGAUCAGAGCCAAGCGAUGACCUAUCAGAACACGUUGACGGCGAAGUGCGGGGACCGAAGUCAAGCGAUGACCUAGUGGAACUCAUUGACGACGAAGUGUCGGGACCGGAGUCAAGCGAAUACCUAUCAAAACACGUUGAUGGCGAAGUGCGGGGACUGCAGUCAAGCGAGGACCGAGUGGUACACAUGGACGACGAAGUGUCGGGACCGAAGUCAAGCGAUGACCUAGUGGAUCACAUUGACGAUGAAGUGUCGGGACCGGAGUCAAGCGAAUACCUAUCAGAACACGUUGACGGCGAAGUGCGGGGACCGGAGUCAAGCGAGGACCUAGUGGUACACAUGGACGACGAAGUGUUGGGACCGGAGUCAAGCGAUGACCUAGUGGAACACAUUGACGACGAAGUGUCGGGAUCGGAGUCAAGCGAAGACCUAUCAGAACAUGUUGACGACGAAGUGCGGGGACCGGAGUCAAGCGAGGACCUAGUGGUACACAUGGACGACGAAGUGUCGGGAUCAAAGUCAAGCGAAGACCUAUCGGAACAUGUUGACGACGAAGUGCGGGGACCGGAGUCAAGCGAUGACCUAGUGGUACACAUGGACGACGAAGUGUCGGGAUCAAAGUCAAGUGAAGACCUAUCGGAACAUGUUGACGACGAAGUGCGGGGUCCGGAGUCAAGCGAUGACCUAGUGGAACACAUUGACGACGAAGUGUCGGGACCGGAGACAAGCGAAUACCUAUCAGAACACGUUGACGGCGAAGUGCGGCGACCGGAGUCAAACGAUGACCUAGUGGAUCACAUUGACGACGAAGUGUCGGGACCGAAGUCAAGCGAUGACCUAGUGGAUCACAUUGACGAUGAAGUGUCGGGACCGGAGUCAAGCGAAUACCUAUCAGAACACGUUGACGGCGAAGUGCGGGGACCGGAGUCAAGCGAGGACCUAGUGGUACACAUGGACGACGAAGUGUUGGGACCGGAGUCAAGCGAUGACCUAGUGGAACACAUUGACGACGAAGUGUCGGGAUCGGAGUCAAGCGAAGACCUAUCAGAACAUGUUGACGACGAAGUGCGGGGACCGGAGUCAAGCGAGGACCUAGUGGUACACAUGGACGACGAAGUGUCGGGAUCAAAGUCAAGCGAAGACCUAUCGGAACAUGUUGACGACGAAGUGCGGGGACCGGAGUCAAGCGAUGACCUAGUGGUACACAUGGACGACGAAGUGUCGGGAUCAAAGUCAAGUGAAGACCUAUCGGAACAUGUUGACGACGAAAGCCAAGCGAUGACCUAUCAGAACACGUUGACGGCGAAGUGCGGGGACCGAAGUCAAGCGAUGACCUAG